CCGCACAAGAAUAAUCAUACUUUAGUAAUUUUAUUGAUCAAACAAUAUUAUUUAUAUUUGAUGUAUUAAUGAAUAAUCCAAAUUAUUCACUAUUCAAGGUUUUGCACUGAUACUGCGUUUGCCUUCUUCAGUUUGCCAUGGCGACCGUGGUGAUGGAGCAGAUUGGUCGCCUGUUCAUCAAUGCUCAACAGUUGCGUCAGAUUCCUCAGCUGCUCGAGUCGGCCUUCCCUACUCUGCCCUGCACCGUGAAGGCCCAUGAUGUGCCCUGGGUGUUCCGUGAGCCUCACAUCCUUGGAGGCUACAGGCAGCCGGAACACAGCUGGCGCUACUACUUCCUCACCCUCUUCCAGAGGCACAACGAGGCACUCAACGUUUGGACCCACCUGCUCGCCGCCUUUAUCAUCCUGGUCAAGUGCCAGGAGCUGUCCGAGACAGUGGAUUUUCUCCGUGACCCCCACGCCCAGCCCCUGUUUAUUGUCCUCCUCUCAGCCUUCACCUACCUGUCGUGCAGUGCCCUGGCCCACCUGCUCAAUGCCAAGUCCGAGCUCUCCCACUACACCUUCUACUUCCUGGACUAUGUGGGCGUGGCCAUCUACCAGUAUGGCAGCGCCCUGGCCCACUUUUACUAUGCCAUCGAGGAGGGCUGGCACACCCGGGUGCGAGGGAUCUUCCUGCCCACCGCAGCGUUCCUAGCCUGGUUCUCGUGCUUCGGCUGCUGCUACGGCAAGUAUGCCAGCCCGAGGCUGCCCAAAUUUGCCCACAAGCUGUUCCAGGUGGUGCCCUCGGGCCUGGCCUACUGCCUGGACAUUAGUCCCGUGCUGCACCGCAUCUACAGCUGCCACCAGCAGGAGGGGGGCUGCUCCAACCAGGCUGUGGCUUACCACCGCUACCAGGUAAUCUUUUUCCUGGUGAGCGCCUACUUCUUUGCCUGCCCCCACCCAGAGCGCUGGCUGCCCGGGCGAUGUGACUUCAUUGGCCAGGGCCACCAGAUCUUCCACGUGUUCCUGGUGCUGUGCACCCUGGUGCAGAUCGAGGCGACACGCAUAGACUACAUUGAGCGGAGGCCCCUCUACGAGCGUCUCCACGGCAACCUGGCCCAUGAUGCAGUGGCGCUCUUCAUCUUCACGGCAUGCUGCAGCGCGCUCACUGCCUUCUAUGUGCGGAAACGUGUGCAGGCGGAACUGUGCGAAAAAGAGAAGUAGGAGCUGUCAGGACAGAGGGAGAAAGGAGGAUAAGGGAGAAAGACUAAUCUGAUUUACACUGGAAAGCUAAAAAAAAAGACAAGAGAUUAAAGCAAUUAGACUGUUCAUUUUGUAAAAACAGUGACCUGCUGUUUUUUAAAUUUUUUAAUUUUUAAUUUUUUUGUGGCCUGCCAAAUGACAUUUUAAACUGGCAACAUUGACUGUCUUGUGAUGUUGACCUUCCAGGAAGACAGAAAAAUCCUGGUAGUUUCUGUCUGUCACAUCACAAGCAGUCCCUGUAACACUCCAAAAAACAUCUUUGCACUUAAGAUGAAGGUCGGAAUUGAGACUUUUUUAUUGUGUUGAUAAUCCUAUUCAUUUUGCACUCUCUACUGUGAGAUCACAUGUCAUGGCCUGGCUAGCGAGUCUGAAUGACUGUUUGACUACAUACUGUACUGUACAGACUGACCAACACCAGGCAUGACACAGACCAUCUCAAUAGAGGUAUGCAGGAAAGAAUGGAAAGAAUAACCUUAAGUGGAUCAUCAAAUAAAUAAUUACAAUAGUUUAAUAAUUUCACACCAGCUUUUAUUUCUUAAAAGUACAAUGUGAGUUUCAAAGCUAUUUGACUCCCAAGUCAAAUGUUAACGCUUAAUGAAGACCAGUAUUCUUUUUUUUAUUCCUUGGUUAUCUCAUGAUAUUCCAGUGAGCUGCAGUCGACACCUCCAAAUGCUGUCUCCCCUACUCAUUCUCUCUGUUUUAUCUACCAUUUUCUCUGCCAAUUUUCUCCAAAGCUGGGUUUGCUCACUGAUUGAGGUGCCUAUACGUGCUGUCAGAUAUAAUAGACUGGCAGUUAGACUGGGCUAGAGGCAUACCGCGCACAAUUUGCAAACCAAACAGAACAUUUCUCCUCUAAGACGCAUACAUUGGCCAUUUUACUAACAUGUGGAUUGAUCAUGUCAAAGAACAAAGCUGGCACUCUUAGGAUAGUUGGCGUAAGAAAUGGAUGGAACUAUGUGCCCAAGAUGACUAUGAUGUCUCUUUGUCAUUGUGAUAAUAUUCCUUUGUAUUCAAAGGGAUGGAACUUCAGCUUUUGCCUUUUCACACCCAAUGAUGUCAAUGCCUUUGUGUAUAUUGUUCAGUCUUUUCAUGGACUUGAAGUCGGAAGUUUACAUAUUCUUAUGUUGCAGUCAUUAAAACUCAUUUUAAAAGACUCCACAAAUUUCCUGUUAACAAACUAUAGUUUUGGCAAGUCGGUUAGGACAUCUACUUUGUGCAUUACGCAAGUAAUUUUUCCAGCAAUUGUUAACAGACAGAUUAUUUAACUAAAAUUCCCUGUAUCAUAAUUCCAGUGGAUCAGAAGCUUACAUACCAAGUUGACUGUGCCUCUAAACAGCUUGGAAAAUUCCAGCUGAUGCUUCUGAUGGGCUAAUUGACAUAAUUUGAGUCAAUUGGAGAUGUACCUGUGGAUGUAUUUCAAGGCCUACCUUCAAACUCAGUGUCUCUUUGCUUGACAUCAUGGGAAAAUCAGAAGAAAUCAGCCAAGACCUCAGAAAAGAAAUUGUAGACCUCCACAAGUCUGGUUCAUCCUUGGCAGCAAUUUCCAAACGCCAGAAGGUACCACGUUCAUCUGUACAAACAAUAGUAUGCAAGUAUAAACACCAUGGGACCACGCAGCCGUCAUACCGCUCAGGAAGGAGACACAUUCUGUCUCCAGGAGAUUAAUGUACUGGUGUGAAACUUGCAAAUCAUCCCCAGAACAGCAAAGGACCUUGUGAAUAUUCUGGAUGAAACCGGUACAAAAGUAUCUAUAUCCACAGUAAAACGAGUCCUAUAUCGACACAACCUGAAAGGCCGCUCAGCAAGAAAGAAGCCACUGCUCCAAAACCGCCAUAAAAAAGUCAGACUAUGGUUUGCAACUGCACAUGGGGACAAAGAACAUGCUUUUUGGAGAAAUGUCUGAUGAAACAAAUAUAGAACGGUUUGGCCAUAAUGACCAUCAUUAUGUUUGGAGGAAAAAGGUUGAAGCUUGCAAGCUGAAGAACACCAUCCCAAUCGUGUAGCACGGGGGUGGCAGCAUCAUGUUGUGGGGGUGCUUUGCUGAUGGAGGGACUAGUGCACUUCACAAAAUAGAUGACAUCAGUCAGGAAGUUGAAGCUUGGUCGCAAACAGGUCUUCCUAAUGGACAAUGACCCCAAGCAAAAUAUCAAAGUUGUGACAAAAUAGCUUAAGGAAAGUCAAAGUAAAGGUAUUGGAGUGGCCAACACAAAGCCCUGACCUCAAUCUUUUGGAAAAUUUGUGGGCAGAACUGAAAAAGCGUAUGCGAGCAAGGAAGCCUACAAACCUGACUCAGUUACAACAGCUCUGUCAGGAGAAAUGGGCCAAAAUUCACCCAACUUAUUGUGGGAAGCUUGUGGAUGGCCACCCAAAAAGUUUGACCCAAGUUAAACAAUUUAAAGGCAAUGCUACCAAAUACUAAUUGAGUGUAUAUAAACUUCUGACCCACUGGGAAUGUGAUGAAAGAAAUAAAAGCUGAAAUAAAUAAUUCUCUCAACUAUGUUAUUCUGACAUUUCACAUUCUUAAAAUAAAGUGAUCUUAACUGACCUAAGAUAGGGAAUUUUUACUCUGAUUAAAUGUCAGGAAUAGUGAAAAACUGAGUUUAAAUGUAUUUGGGCUAAGGUGUAUGUAAAGUUCUGAGUUAAAAUGUACAUGCCUUGGAGCAUGUCUCUUUACGUGUAUUGCUUUGCUUGUGUUUGCUUGUGUUUGAUUCAGAUGUGAAUGUGUUUGAAAGCGUGUCUUUGCACUUAUUUCUUAUGUUCAAGACCCCUCUUAAGAACAUUGUAGUCCGUUAACGUCCUCUCAAGUCCCUUAAGGUGACAUUUUAAGUCUGUCACACAUCAAUGAAAGGUGAAAUAAUUGCUCACAAAAGAGCAGGAUUUAUUUUAAAACCUAAUUUUAUGAUGUCCAUGAAAUGGUGGCAAUAAUUGUUUAGAGCUAAUGUAAACAAUACAUUUAUUACACAGGUAUUCAAAUCAGGACCCAGAGAGAAAAAUUCCAACACUAAUUUUGGAAGAAAUGCCAUUUAAAAUGUUCAUUUUAUAUUAAUAAGAAAAUGUUGCCCCUAGUGUUCUGUUGUGAAAUGUCUCGUAAAAUUAACGUAAUUUUAUAUGUGCUGAUCAAGUUUGAGGUGGCAUUGAACUUUACAGACCUGAGACCUGGGUUUGGGCUCAGCCAAAGUCACUGAUAAUGUCACCUACAAAGCUUAGGCUAAUAUCUAACAGGUGACGGAAAGGUUAAAUCAUGACUGAUUUACAGGUAACUGCCAAAAUAAAGGAAACACUUAAGUGAAUGAGGGAUACAAAGUAUAUUGAAAGCAGUUGCUUCCACGCAGAUGUGGUUCUUGAGUUAAUUAAGCAAUGAACACCUCAUCAUACUUCAGGUCAUGUAUAAAAAUUCCCAGUUGCCUGUUAUUUUGGCUUCCAUGGCUAGAAGAAGAGAGCUCUGUGACUUUGAAAGAGGAGUCUCAAAGGAGCAUAUGGGGUUUAUUAAAGUAAGUGUGUGUGUGUGUGUGUGUGUGUGUGUGUGUGUGUGUGUGUGUGUGUGUGUGUGUGUGUGUGUGUGUGUGUGUGUGUGUGUGUGUGUGUGUGUGUGUGUGUGUGUGUGUGUGUCAGUCACCAUAUCUCAACCCAAUUGAACACUUAAGGAAGAUUCGAGAGUGGCGCCUGAGACAGCGUUUUCCACCACCACCAACAAAACACCAGAUCAUGGAAUUUCUCAUGGAAGAAUGGUGUCGCAUCCCUCAUAUAGAGUUCCAGAUACUUGUAGAAUUUAUGCCAAGGAGCAUGGACAAUGUUCUGGUGGCUCGUGCUGGCCCAACGCCCUAUUAAGACACUAUGUUAUUUAGGCAGUUCCUUGAAUUUUAAUUGUUAUGGUCUCACUGAUAAAGGGGUUGCAAUGACUAGAAUAAAAUUAUUGUGACCCCUAGUAUUCAAACUACCACUGUAAGCGCCAUUCCUAACACAAACCAACUCUGAAUCAGAUAACUUUUCACCUUGAUACUACAGACUCUCACUAUACUGCACAGAACCUAAGGCAUGGAAUCUUGAUUAAUCUGUUGCAAAAAGGUUGAAUAUGGGCUCGGAUGGGACCAGAGUUUUUCUUAUCAGGUCACAUGGUUUAAAAAAAACUCCUGAACUUGGGGAGGGUGAAAACCAUGUCAAACUGCAGCAACCUUGUACUUGUUCAUAUUAAAAUAAAGACUAGGGAGGUUUCCUAUACACAGACAAAGCAACAUCAUGAUUGGACAAUAAAACUCACAGGGCUGAGCUUGUUUUAUGCAGGUUUGCAUUGUGUAGUCCAGCCCUAUGCAACUGUAGGCCGAAUUACACAUUUACUCACAGUC